GGGCGAUGAAUGACAGGCGCUCUGUGCCCAGGAGGGGGGGCGAAAAAGUGAGGUGCGUCGCGAAUUCAGAGUCAGAGCCUGCGGGAGUUUCGCGCUUCUAUUAUUCUGGUAAGAAUUUGCUUUGCUCCUAUCAAAAUAUUUAGGCGCCGUAAUCUUCCCCUCUACUCUCUUAUGGCGCCACGUAAAUUGAAUUUAACUGCUCACCCUACCACCUCACCAUUCCAAUUAGACUCCAAGUCUUUAUUCUGAUUGGAUCCAGUGGUAUAUCUACCGCCCAUACAUACUCACCGUUCACGCUCAGACCCCGCACUUAACGCUGCAACACACAUUUCACCAGCGCCACCCUCCACAUCGCUUUAAUGGAAAUCCCAAAGCGCCCCUAUUCGCAUAAAUCCACCAACAAUGAUACGCUCCAUGAUUUGAUGUUUUCCCCGGAAGUUUCGUCCUACUCCUUCUCCACCAGUCCUACGGAGCUGGGGUUCAAAGGGUUCACCAAAACCACUGGGUUUGGCAACUCUGGCACUGACCGAAAUACCACAGGUAACAGCAUCGGAGGCAUCAGUAGUGUUGGGGGCAUCGGCAGUGCUGGAGGCACCAAUACUAGCAACAGCAUCAUGGGCCAUAAGCGGAAGAGCAGCAUUGGCAAGAGAGGCGCUAUCUUCUCACUCGCCCCCGCUGACGAAAAUGACGAAGAUAGCUUCAUGGAAGAAGAUAAUAGCCUCCCCCCGAACGACAGCUUCUUGCGUUUCGGUGGAUUUGCGAAAACACCCAUUACCAAGCGCGAGCCCCAGGGCAGCGGUAGCGGAAUCAACAAACUCAUGAGAGUGUACUCGGAAAAUGAGUCCAAGAAUUUCUCAAGACACACUGGCGAACGGUUGUACGAUGACGAAAAGCACCGUCCCUUUCACCAGUCCAACUACGAGGAGCCGGACUACAAGCUCUCCUCCCAAACGCACGUUCCCCAGCAUUCCUCUAACAACGACAGCUCCGACCUUCUCGGGUUGGAGGACGAAUAUAUUCCCGGGUUGGACUUCCGACAAGUGCUUAACGACUGGAUAGGAGACUCCGCCUCACAGAAUACCUUUUCUCAAGGCACCUUUGCAGCGGCUCCCCAGCCACUCUUCAACUCCUCCAAUGUGUACACAUUCGGGGACGAUGAAGGCACCAACUCCCAGGUAUCUCUGAGAGAAACCUCCCACGUCAACUUGAGCGAAUUGCAUGCGCAGGUCGCACCAAUCGCGAUGACUAAGCGGUCUAACCACUUUAGAACGCGAGAUGCCAUGGGAGAGGCGCUUGAGCCCCGGACCACCUCUGUGGCAGGUGUCGCUCGAACCGCUGCGGUUGCCAGUGCUGUCAACAAAAACAAGCCCGAAGACGUGGAUUAUGACGCUAUAUACGCCAAGUUGCCCUCGAAUUUCGGCUCCUUGCCCUUUUCUGUGCGGCGCAAGACCUUCAUGGACAUUGAGCCCCUGGUGGACUACUCGCUGUUCUCGUUGUACUUGAAGAAGACCAACAAGAGACCGAAGAAGGACCGCGACACGCUGUUGCCCGGCUCUCUCUCCUCCUCCUCCAGGUUCUCGUCGGCUGCUUCGCUUUUCAACACCUCACCUCAACAACCGGCGGUGAAGAAACAGAACGUGGACGAACGAGGGGCGAUGGUGCUAGGGCAUGAGCUCGGCCGGGUAAUCGGGUGCGGCGCUUGGGGGUUUGUGCGCGAAUGUGUCGCCCCAGACGGCCUGAUCUGCGCUAUCAAGAUUGUCAAGACCAAAAACCCGACGGUGAAGCAGCACUUUCGCAAGGAAAUGGAGCUCUGGGGCCGGUUGAACCACCCAAACAUCUUGCCGUUGCUUGAUCACACCGAAACAGAACAUAUCAUCUUCUGUAUCACCACAAAAGUGUACGGGGGCACCCUCUUUGAGGUCACCCAGAACUGGGGGUUGUACAACAACCCCAUCAGCUUUAUCAGCCGUGCCGAUCGUUUGGCCAUCAUCAAGACUGUUGCGGUUCAAAUGACGGGAGCGUUAAGGUACAUGCAUGAGGAGCAAGGGAUCGUUCAUGGUGACCUCAAGUUGGAAAACUGUCUUGUUGAAGACGCCAAUAAGUUAACCACGGAUCCAAAGAUCAUCCUUUGUGACUUUGGGAUGUCCCAGCUCUACACGAAGCGGAACAGCUCUCGCCGUCCGUCAAUAGUGCGUUCGUUGUCCUCAACCUCGCUCACGAAACAUAAGAGCAUGAUCCGGUUGAACAAGGUCAACCAACAGCUUAUGAAGAUGACAUCCAACUCGAAUGCCCUUGCCAUGAAGAACGAGGAUUGGGACACCAAGUUUGGUAUGAACUCGCAGAAACGCCACCACGGCGAUGCACCUACCUCGACGAACUUUACUCCAGUCAGCGUCCAUUCUCCAUCGUACACGGGGUCUCCUAACCCGAAUAGCGCUUCAUGGAUGUCGCAGGCAAGUAUCGAAUCGCAGCUCAACUUUCCACAGCUUCUUUCACAAUCGUUGCUUGAUAUCUACAAAACGGUAAACGCAGAAGUGGGCGUGCUGGCGUUGCUGGACCCGGAUUUGCCACAUUCGCACAUCGGGUCGUUGCCGUAUGCCUCUCCAGAACUUUUGUUGCCGUCACCUCCGCCAUUGGGCCCGCUGGCCGAUUGCUGGGCGUUUGGGGUUAUGUUGUACACCAUGGCGGUUGGGAAGCUACCGUUCCAGCACUCGUAUGAGCCAAGGUUGCGGGCAAUGAUCAGUGCAGGUAAAUUUGACACGGAGUCUUUGGAAGAGGCGGUUUGUAUCGAUGGCGACCCCCACCCAGGGGGCUCCAGCAUCAUGAAGAUAGUAACUGGGUGUUUGCAAGUGGACAUUGUCAAGAGAUGGGAUAUUACCCAGAUCGAAGAAGAAGCGAGAAAGGCUUAGUGGGGUUUGUCCCCAUUCAGAGCAUUUACAACGUUCGGUGCCCUUGUCCAGUAGCUGGAGUCAGGAAGGUGUGUGGACUGUCAUUGAAUGUCGCUUCUUCCCGGCGCGUAAUUUGUGCAGCACUAUAGUUGACAUUCCCCACGCAAGUACCAGUAUAGGAGUGUAUUUUUAUGUUUUGGAAUAUGGAUUAUGAAGGUUAUGAGUUUGAUUUUUGUGCUUGAUUUUUGAUGUUCGAUUUUUGCAUAUGGCGCUAUUUGUUUUCCGUUUUAUCCCGUGCCAAAUAAUUCAAUGGUCUUUAUAAAGAAUAACUAAUGAAAUACCCGUAUUUAUAAUGCAAGGCGUGCCAUUUAAGUAAAUUUAC